UUUCUUAUUUGAUUACAUGAAUAUAUAACACAAUUAUUGGAGUUAUAGAUCAAGAAAGUCAUAAAAAGUUAUGAGCAAAAUACUUCAUAUGGAUCCAUUUAAAUACUAAGAACUGAAAGCUACAGGAUGCUAGUUGUGAUAGCAACUUCCCUAUUCUUGGCACAUAAUACAGAGAUUAGAUCAGAUCACUUAUCAAUGAAGCUCAUUAGCAUGGCAUUCUCAUUUCUUUUGUUGCUGGCUCUUUUUGCGUUCUUCAUUUCUCCGUUCAAUGUCUCUGCAACAUCUGCAGACACAAACUUCUCGUGUUCUGCUGACUCAAUUCGUUCCUGUCAAACGUACCUCACUUAUCAUGCCCGGUUACCUUAUAUGGAUCUUGGGACUAUAUCUGAUCUCUUUGGUGUCAGCCGUUUGAGUAUAGCAGAAGCUAGCAAUCUCACCUCAGAAAAUGAAGAGAUACUUUUUGACCAACUUUUGCUGAUACCCAUUACCUGUAGCUGCAAUGGGACUAGUUAUUUCUCUAAUGUCACCUACGCAAUCAAGAAAGGCGACAGCUUUUAUGUCGUUGCCACAGAAGCCACUUCUGUGUUCCAGAAUCUGACCAAUUUUCAUGAUGUUGAAGGCAUGAACCCGACUCUGAAACCGACCAAUUUGACAGUUGGUGAGCAAGUCUUUUUCCCUUUGCUCUGUAAGUGCCCUACACAGUUGGAGAAUCGCAAAAGGUAUCUUAUUACUUACAUAUGGCAACCACAAGAUGAGAUUUUGCCUGUGAGCUCUAUGUUUAACACAAGCCCUUACGAUGUUGCUAACGAGAACAGCUUUCGUAACUUCACUGCUGCUGUGUGUCUUCCGGUUCUUAUACCAGUCUCUGAAUUACCGGUCUUCCCUCUUCCUCGUCAUGUCUCUGCUUCAAGAAGUAUGAAAUCAAAAAAGCUUCGGAUACUCUUUAUCACUUUGGCAACCAUUGGAUCUUUCUUUCUCUUCAUUCUGUCAUGGUUUCUGAUUUACAAUUAUUAUCGUUCACGCAAAACCAAGAGAAUCUUGGCUCGUAACGAGUCUUCUUUUGAGUUCACUGAUCUUCUUCAGAUGAAGAAAGCUUCAAAACACGUAGAAUUUGAAACUAUAAAGAACAAUCACGAUAAGUUGCUGCCAGGGGUUUCAGGCUACCUAAGCAAACCAAUCAUGUAUGACAGAAAGGAGAUUAUGGAGGCAACCAUGAACCUUGGUGAAAGGUACCGAAUCGGAGGGUCCGUUUACAAGGCUAGGAUCCAUGGUCAGAUUUUGGCUGUGAAGAAAUUCAGAGAUGCAACCGAAGAACUGAAGAUAUUGCAGAGAGUAAACCACAUGAAUCUGGUGAAGUUGAUGGGCAUCUCCUCUGAUUCUGAUGGGAAUUGUUUCCUGGUUUAUGAGUAUGCUGAAAAUGGAUCACUUGAUAAAUGGCUGUUUCCAAGGCCUUUAUCUUCUUCUUCUUCUUCAGGCUCUGUUGUUUUCCUUUCUUGGUCUCAAAGAUUGAAUCUAGCACUAGAUAUCGCUAACGGCCUUCAAUAUAUGCAUGAACAUAGUCAACCUAGCAUUGCCCACAGAGACCUCAGAACAAGUAAUAUACUUCUUGACUCCACUUUCAAGGCCAAGAUCGGAAAUUUUUCUGCAGCUAGACCUGCCAUAAGCUCAAUCAUGUUAAAAGUCGAUGUUUUUGCUUUCGGGGUUAUUCUUUUGGAGUUGCUUUCAGGAAAGAAAGCCAUGGAAACUAGAGAUGAUGGAGAGAUUUCUAUGGCAUGGAAGGAAAUAAGGAAGAUAAUAGAAGUUGAAGAGACGAGAGAAGAAAACCUGAGGUCGUGGAUGGAUCCAAACCUCGGAAGUUUUUACCCGAUUGAUGGAGCUUUGAACAUGGCAGCACUAGCCAGAGCAUGCACAUCGGAGAAGUCUGUAAAUAGGCCAGGAAUGACGGAGAUAGUGUUCAAUCUGUCUGUUCUUACGCAAUCGCUGUCUGAUAUCUAUGAAAGAUCUUGGACUUCUUCUGGUUUAGAAACUGAAGAUCCUCAUAUCAUCAGUCCAGUUGUAGCUCGAUGAGACCUGCAAAUACCGGUGUAUAUAUAUAUAUACACACACAUAUCUAC